AUGACGACAUUCUUGCUUACUUUUUCUGUGACUCGCACUAGUGCGACAGCCGUCCUUCGUGGCCUGCUUUAUCACACGAUAAAGCAGUACCCGCAUCUUUUGAAUCAAAUAUUUCCAAAGUUCAACGAUCAGAAAGAAAAGUUGUUUGCAUCGUUUGAUGGGCUAUGGAGCUUGCUUAUGGAAAUUGGACGCCAUAAGGCGAAUGGACACAUCUAUUACAUAAUUGAUGCGUUGGAUGAAUGUGACCAAGAAUCACAAAACAUUCUCCUCGCUCAAAUCCUCCUGAUGGUCCAGGAAAUGAAGCUUGGAAGGCUCGGAGUUCACUUUUUGAUCACAAGUCGACCAUGCCCUAAUAUCAAGGGGCAAUUCCGGUUGAUCAACUGCAAUCGUAUGGAUUUGUCCUCUUAUAAAGAGGCACAGGAUGAUUUGAGAAAGUUCAUGACAGAGAAAGUCAAAGAGCUUUCUCGAGCGAACGACUACUCCGAGAAUGUUUCAGAGUCAGUAUCACGGAUUUUAUCUGAAAAGGCAGAGGGCACGUUUCCGUGGGUUGGUAUUGCGUGCAAUGAGCUGGCAGGUAUACGAUCCCGAGAUGCUGUCAAGACCUUGGGAGGUUUGCCUCAUGGCCUGGACUCGCUAUAUACGAAGCUAUUGACGACAGCUCUCGAGACCGACGGCAAGGACAAGAAGACCAUUUAA